AUGGCUGAGAAGCGAAAAUUGUUGAAUGAAAUUGAUAAGUGUUACAAAAAGAUUGAGGAAGGCUUUGAAAUUUUUGAUGAUAUAAUGGCCAAAAUGACAGAAGCAAAUAGUGAAAAUCAACGGGAAAAGUUUCAAGAUGACCUCAAAAAGGAAAUUAAAAAGCUCCAAAGGCUAAGAGACCAGAUCAAAGGAUGGCAAAAUUCCUCGGAAAUAAAGGAUAAAGAUUCUCUGUCUAAAUUUCGAAAGUUGAUAGAACAAAGGAUGGAAAUCUUCAAAGACGUUGAAAGGGAGAACAAAAUGAAGCCUCAUAGCAAACAAGGUUUAACUGCUGAAGACAAACUUGACCCGAAAGAGAAGGAAAAAUGUGAUACAAUUGAGUGGCUGAAUUGUCAAAUUCGUAGAAUUCAAGAUGAAAUUGACAGGACUGAAUCUAAACUUGAAACUCUUUCGUCUUCUGCUGAUACCGGAAAGAAAAGGGGUAAAAAAGAAGAUGCCAAAAAGAACGAAAAAGAGGCUGAAGAAUUGCGAAGGCAUUUGGAUAGAGUAAAGUUUCAUCUUUUAAAUUUGGAAGUUUGCAUCCGAAUGAUAAAUAACGAAAAGAUUGAAAUAAAGGAUGUAAAUGGAAAAUUGAAGGAACCUUUGGAGAUGUACAUUGACGCGUUGGACCCAGAAAAUGAUGAUGAUCCGGAAAGUUUGGACCCAGAAGACAUUUACGAGGAGCUUAAUUUUAGUACUUAUUUGUCGCAACUUGGAGGAAUUUCAACAAAUAGCGUUGAUGACGAAAAAGGACCAAAUAAUGAUACUGGAAGUCACAAAUCCUCGAGUCCAUCUCCCGAUUAUUGGUCUAAACAUCAAAAUGGCGGAGAACUAGACACUUCUUCUCAUGAAAAAUCGCCAUAUGUCGGGAAUGUGAGUACGCGUUCUACUUCCGAAUCAGCCUCUUCACAUCGUUCGGCAGUAAGCGGUGGUGGUGCUUCUUCCGUCACUUCACUAAAACUUACUCGGUUAGGAAGUCAGGUUAGCAAUUCUAGUUCUGUUUCAUCUCCAUUGCCUCAAACACCGCCUGCUAUCCCAGGGAUUCCUUAUAAUUCGGUUGCCGCGGGGAAAAUGCAUACACCACCAGUUCAAUCAACUGCAGCAAUGGCAAUACAUCCAAUGCAUCAAGCAGUAACAAAUACGGCUUCAACACCAACUGCUUCAACAUCAGCAAAUAUUUUAGCUUCUCCAAAAACAACAUUGCCGUCACCAUCCGCCGUAGAAAAUACUUCAAGUAAUGUUAUUGUCCAACAACAACAACCUCCAUCAACAAUUCAAGCACCUCCAACAGUUUCACCUGUAGCUGAACUAAAAGAAGAAAAUGCUGUUUCAUCUUCAGGAAUGGCAUCAACAACCUUAAUAAGGACUCGAUCUUCUUCUGUUACAUCAUCUACAGCAACAUCUUUACAUGAAGAACCGAGUCAAUUUUCUACUGUUGUAGGAGGAGGAAAUUUGACGUCAUCACCAAUAACUUCAAAAGCUCCUUUACCUUUAAGAUUCAAUUCUUCAGCUGCUGCUGGAGGAGGAGCAACAACAUCUUCAUCAUCAAAUCCAUCGCCAUUCUCAUUGCCAACAUUCAUGUCGGCGGCAUCUUCUGCUCCUCCGUCAACAACAACACCAGCAGGGAGAACUAGCGAUUUAUCUACACCUUCAAGAAAUUCUGAACAACACCAAGAAAGUCAACAUUCAUCAAAUGAUGUUGGAAAUAAUAUAGCUGAUACUACUGAAUUUAAUGGAAAAGUUGCAAAUCUUCUUUACAAUUCUUCAUUUGGUAGUCCAAUGAUUACACAACAAAAGAGUAGAGAACCACAAGAGGCUGUUAUCCAACCAUGGUUAGGUGCUUCUCCUCUUGGAAUGGCUCCAAUAAACGAAGAAUUGAGUUUCCAACUGCAAAUGUUAGACGCAACACAGACACGUUGCCCUCUUCAAAUGGACUCGGAAAAGCCUAGAAGUUAUCUGCCAAAAAUGCCCUGUUCAACACCACCUUACUAUCCUCAGGCACCUUUACCAAAUGCAGAUAGCCUUGAAUAUUAUCUUCGACUUUCUGUUGAAACUCUUUUCUUUACGUUUUAUUAUAUGGAGGGUUCACGUGCACAAUUGUUAGCUGCAAAGGCUUUAAAAAAGCUUUCGUGGAGGUUUCAUACAAAAUAUUUAAUGUGGUUUCAAAGACAUGAAGAGCCUAAACAAAUAACUGAUGAUUACGAACAGGUUUUUUUGAUUUUUUCUUUGGUAAAAUUAAAUUUCGUACCCUCUUUCUUCCCUUUUCCUUCCUCAAUACUGGUCAGACUUAAAAAUGUGCUACAAGCCGUCGGUUGAGGAAAAAGCCGGGCCUGGUUUUCAGAACUUCCUCAGGAUCGAGUUUCGGGUCGAAAAUGGGUCAUGUUUUG